AGCUUCUAAUUUGAAAGGAGAUUCAAAAUCAGAAGCUCCAACUACUCACAAUUUCAUCAUCUAGACCAUUUGUAAUUACUAUCCACUAGUACUAACUUUCUGAUUCAUCGACUGUAUUUACUAAGACGUGCUAUUUUCCAUCGAUCAUUACCCAAGACCUUCUUGACUAAGCAUUGUUUUUAGAUGUACCACGUACUCAUUAUCGUACUUUUUCCCCUCCUUUUUUCAACGAACGUGAUAUUUAAUGUUUUCAUCUACUCAAAAAUAGACAUCUACUUAACAGACUUCUUCAUCUCCUUUUGCACCACUAAUUAGAUACUUACAAUCUCAAGAUAGACUGACUUCAUCAUAAAAAUUAUGCUUACAAUCUCAAGAUAGACUGACUUCGACAACCUGAACUAAAGAGAAAUAGAGAAAAAGGCCUGAAUAACUAAGUACUCCACAGGAACUGAUUGAAAGCUCCUUCCAAUUAUAGAGGGUCGUGUCGAGUUCUGCUUCUUGGGGAGGAAAAAAGGUGUGCUUUUGUGGUCAC